CUUUUACCCUGGGCGAUGACGUCACUACCAGGCGCCGGGCGGCACGUCGGCCAGGCCGCGGGCGGGCUUCAGGGGGACGAAAAUGGCUAUGGCCAGCGAUUUCUACCUGCGCUACUACGUAGGGCACAAGGGCAAGUUUGGACACGAGUUCCUAGAGUUCGAGUUUCGGCCAGACGCAGUUUUUGCUGUUAUAGAUUGAAUUUUUUUCCACUCCCCACAGGAAAGCUUAGAUAUGCCAACAACAGCAAUUACAAAAAUGAUGUCAUGAUCAGAAAGGAGGCUUACGUACACAAGAGUGUAAUGGAAGAACUGAAGAGAAUCAUUGACGACAGUGAAAUUACAAAAGAAGAUGAUGCUUUGUGGCCUCCCCCUGACAGAGUUGGCCGACAGAAGAAAAUGUGGAGAAAUCGAAUAGAUGCUGACAUUCUAUAGCAGUCACUUAGCUCUUCUGUUUAAAGAAACAUUAUUUAGGAAAGCAAAGGUAAUAGUUAACAGUAUUUAUUUUAUGCAUUGAAACACUUUUAAAAAAUAAAUUUAAAUCUCAGUUUGCUUUAUGCAAUGGGUACAUUUGUACUAAAAAACAGACAACGGCAGUAAACCUUUUAUCUCUUUUAGACUCUGGGAGAACCCAGCAUUUUAUGUACCCACUCGAUGAUGUGUUUAUGUUUUGGUUAGUGGGGAGGGUUAAGCACGUUCCAGAGAUCAUCCAUUGGAUCUUUGAAUCAAAGAUUUUAUGAUUGUUUGAGAGCCUUAGGUAAUUCUCCAUAUUGUGUGUGCCAUAAACUGUGUGUAAUUAGGUCUUUUGAUCAGACAUAUAGCUGAGAUUGUCUUUAAUGGCAUUUGUUAUUUAACCUGAUAAAUCACUACAGACAUAGCCUCUUAAUCAUUGGUUUUAGAUUUGCAGAUAAAAUAUAGAGAAAAACUUAUCCAGUAAUUAUGGCACACUGAGAAUGUCUACAGUAUGUUGUAUUUGUUUUAGUAGUGCUUAAUUUUAAAUAUUUUGUGAAGUCAAACAAGUGUGAGUCUUUCAGUGUUAACAGCCCAGGAUUCAAAUAUGAGUACUAUCACUUAUUAGUGGUUGUAAAUGUUGAUGUUUUUCCCUAUGCUUUAUGAAUCUUGUGUUUUGCAUUUGUCAAAUACCCUGAUAAGGGUAUUUUAGGGAUUACAGAGUAUGUUUUAAAGUCCCUAGCAGCAGGGCCUCAUACACAGUAGAUCCCAAAGUGGUGCUGUUAAUACUCUGCAUUUCUGGUAGAAUGGUUAAGUGUGCUUAUAUUUAUUUAUUAAAAAUAGGUUUUUACCCAUAUUAUUAUUUUUACAACAUUGUGCUUCAAAGUUAUUUCUUUAGUUUUUACGGACAUAAGAAAUGUUCAUGUGUCAUUCAUAUUUAUAGAGUUUUCUUUAUGAGAUCUCUGGAAAGCAGUUCUUGGUUGAUCCUAAUAUUGGGGACUCCUGAGCAUUCGAUGAGGUUUUUAUUUUACAGACAUAGUUUAUGUCUAACAGGUCAAGUUCCUUUCCCUUUUUCUUUUCUUUUUUUUUUUUUUCUCUUCUAUGACUGCUAGAAAACUCGCAGCUACAAUUGGGACCUCUAGGUAA